UUGUUUUCCUUUAUCAGGUGAAAUAAAGGCCCAUUACAAGCCCAAAAAACCAUCUUGCCUACUACGUAUAAACCGUAGAUCAAAACCCUAGUUUCAGCUGAACCGACACAACCACCAAUCGCAGUCGAAAAUGGACAAAAGUAUGCUCGGAGAUUUGGGCACUCUUCCGCCGGAAGAUCAAGCUCGCAUGUCUACCAUGAUCGAUCAGCUCCAAAUUCGUGACAGUCUAAGGAUGUACAACACACUUGUGGAACGCUGCUUUACGGACUGCGUGGACACCUUCAGGCGCAAAACUUUAGACAAACAAGAGGAAACAUGUGUGAAGAGAUGUGCUGAGAAGUUCUUGAAGCAUUCAAUGCGGGUCGGGAUGAGAUUUGCUGAACUCAACCAAGGGGCUGCCACUCAAGACGAAUAGUGAUUAGACCAAGGUUAUAUUUUCCGUUUUUGUUAUCGAAGCUUCUUCUCAGAUAAUUUUUGCUUUAGGUUUUUUAUUUAACAGUAUAAUUAUCAAGUGAUGUAUGCGCUUGCUAAUAUUCAUAAAUGUAUUUUUGGUUAUCAAAUAUUUUGUCGAAAGGACAUCCAUUGUUGCUUGGUGUA